AUGGCUUCCGCGUAUAGUCUCUCUCAGGAGCAUAAUCCCAUCUUCGGCAAAGAGCUCAGGAAGCAGUUUCCCUUUGCCCCCGAAUGGGUUAACCUCAACCACGGUUCCUUUGGCUCUCUCCCCAACGUCGUCCGCCAAAAGAGCGAUGACUUGCGGAGCCAGACGGAAGCCCGUCCGGACUGGUUCAUCCGCUACGAGUACCCCAAACUCCUAGACGAGAACCGCGCCGCCGUCGCCGAGCUCGUCAACGCCCCGCUCGAGACCGUGGUGUUCGUCUCCAACGCCACCGUCGGCGUCAACACCGUCUUCCGCAACAUCCGCUGGAACCCGGACGGCAAGGACGUCGCCCUCUGCUUCUCCACCGUCUACGGCGCCUGCGGCAAGGUAAUUGAUUACAUGACCGACUACCACCAAGGGCUCGUCUCCUCGUACGAGAUCCCCCUCGCGUACCCCGCCGAAGACGCCGAUGUCGUGCAAAAGUUCCGCGACGCCGUCCGCGACCUCGAGGCCGAGGGCAGGCGCGCCCGCAUCGUCGUCAUUGACGUCGUCUCCUCCCUGCCCGGCGGCAUCGGCAUGCUGCCCCUCGACCUGUCCGCCGCCGAUCCCGACUUCUUCGUCUCCAACUGCCACAAGUGGCUCCACGUGCCCCGCGGAUCCGCCGUCUUCUACGUGCCCGUCCGGAACCAGCACCUUAUCGCCACCACGCUGGCCACCAGCCACGGGUACAUACCCCGCACCUCCAACCGCCUCAACCCCUUGCCGCCGAGCUCCAAAUCCCCUUUGUCACCAAUUUCGAGUGCUCGCCUACCUCUGGGAUCUGAACAAGGUCGGCGCCCGUCUCAUCGCCGACCACCUCGGCACCCCGUCAUGGAAAAUGCCACCGGCAGCCUGACCAACUGUGCCAUGGCGAACAUCGCCCUCCCCAUCUGGGUCGGCGAGCCCGGCGCGGGUGCCCUGGACACCGACGUGACCCUCACCUCGGACGAGUCGGCCAAGGCUCUCCAGUGGAUCCUGCGCACCCUCAUGUCGGACCACAACACUUUCGUAGCGCUUUUCAUCCACGGAGGACGCUACUUUACCAGAGUUAGCGCGCAGGUGUACCUUGACCUCGAUGAUUAUCGGUACGGCGCCAAGGCUUUGAAGGAUGUUUGUGACCGCCUUGCGAAGCGUGAAUUCUUGUAA